AUGGAAGCAACAGAAGAGGUGCGCAUGGUAGGGAUAUUGGGAAUGGGAGGAAUUGGUAAGACAACUAUCGCCCAAGCUUUAUUUCGAAGAAUUGCUCACAAAUUUGAGAUUUGUAGCUUUGUUGAAGAUGUCAGAGAAAAUAGUUCUGGUAAAAAAGGUGUACGUGACUUACAAGAACAGAUUCUAAGAGAUACUCUAGUGACAGAUCGCCAUGAUUUUCUGGAGGGUCCUGAGCAUGGAGCCGAUGUGAUACGAAGACGACUUUGCAGUAAAAAGGUUCUUCUAGUUCUUGAUGACGUAGACGAUGUUGAGCAGUUAGAGUUCCUAGCUGCAACACGUGUGUGGUUUGGUGCUGGAAGUAGAAUCAUUAUAACCACUAGAAACGAGCAUUUGCUAUCAGAUGCAGAUGUCAUUUACAAACCUGAUUUUUUACGUAAGAGUGAAGCUGUAGAGCUCUUCUGUAGGCAUGCUUUUCGGAAAAGUAGCCCUCAUGAAGGGUAUGAGGAGCUCUCAGAACGUGUAAUACAGUAUGCCGGCUGCCUUCCUUUAGCCCUGAAAGUUUUAGGCGCAUUCUUCCGUGGAGGACAAGUAAGUGUGUGGGAAAGUGCUUUAGAUAGAUUAGCCGAAGCACCGGAUGGUAAGAUUCAUGACAAACUGAAGUUAAGUUUUGAUGGGCUGCAUGAUCUUGAGAAAAAAAUAUUCCUAGACAUUGCAUGUUUCUUCAAGGGGAAAGAAGUAGAACAUGUAACUAGAGUACUUGAUAGCUUUGGUUUUCACCCAGUGAAAGGGAUUAGUGUUCUUAUUGAAAAAUGUCUUAUAACCGUUUAUAAUAAAAAGCUAGAUAUGCAUGAUCUCAUACAGGAAAUGGGUUGGCAAAUAGUUCUUGAGAGUUUCCUGGAUAGCAGGCUAUGGAAACUUGAUCAGAUCCAUGAUUUCAUCAAGGGAAAGAAGAAGCGAAAAGCAAUUGAAGCGAUAAUGAUGAUGGACAAUGAAUACCUUGUUGAUGACUAUGAUGCGAACUUGGCUACUCGUGCUGAUGUUUUUACAAACAUGGAAAAUCUUCGGCUACUUGAUAUUGAUGGGAAAUUCACUUCUACCAUACCUACCUUUCUCCCCGACGAGUUGCGAUGGCUUCGUUGGACUGAGUACCCAUUCAUGACUCUGCCAUUAGCUGAUAAGUGUAAGCUUGUUGGGCUUGAAAUAGCCAAUGGAAGCAUCAACCAUUUAUGGAAGGGGCAAAAGAUUCUACCAAACUUGAAAUUCGUUCACCUCGAAUUGUUGGACAGCCUCACAUCAUUUCCACAUGUAACUGGGGCCCCAAAUAUAGAGAGGUUAAUCUUGUCACACUGUUGGAAAUUGGAGGAGGUUCACGAGUCUCUUGGAUCUCACAGAAGGCUUGUUUACUUGGACAUGAAUGGUUGCAGUAGGCUCAUGCGUCUUCCAUCCAGGCUUGAGAUGGAAUCCUUGGAGACUCUAAUUCUCUCUGGAUGCAAGAGUCUUGAAAGAUUCCCGGAAGUCUCCCCAUGUGUGGUUAAACUAUCAGAAAUAAAUCUUGAUUCUUGCUCUAACAUAAUAGAGUUGCCGUCAUCAAUAAGACAUUUGUCUGGAUUAAGAUUCUUAAGUCUCGCAAACUGUGUGAAGCUUAGCAACAUACAAAACUCAAUUUGUGGCUUAAAAUAUCUCAAGUGCCUUCGUCUUCACAACUGCGUGAAAUUGAAAAAUCUUCCAAAGAAGCUUCGAAACAUGAAAUUGUUAGAAGAGCUUUGGUUAGGAUUUGAUGAGUUUAAAAGUCCAGAGAUGUAUGUAGAGAUGUCUAUUGGUUUUCAUAGUUUCAUAGGUUUGUCGUCCUUAAGAAAAUUAAAUCUUAGUCGGAGACAAAUUGGAGAGGAAAGUUUCCCUGAAAAUCCCGAUGCAUUUUCCUCCUUGGAAGAAUUAUAUUUAAGUCGCAACUCUAAAUUAGUCCGGUUACCAUCAUUCAUUAGCCAUCUUUCUUGUCUUAAACGCCUGGAGUUGAAUGAGUGCUGCAGACUUGAAAGUUUGUGUAUGCUUCCAUCAAGCAUACAAGUGUUGAAGGCAAAUGGUUGUACCUCAUUGAGAAAGAUUGGAGAUCUAUCAACGGAGGGUAAAUGGUUGUACAAGAUAUGGCUAAUUAAUUGCCAGCAACUCUUAGAGGAUGAAGAAAAUCAAAGAUACCUUCAUAAGAUGUUCCAACUAUCUUUCAUUAAGCAAAAAUAUAAAUUGAAAGGUAGCACUCAAGAAGCCAACAAAGGCAAAUUGCUAGAACUUAUUCAACAUGCACAAAACUCUCUUCAAUAG